AGUUGCCGUUUGUAUAUGUCAACGUAAAACAAUAUUAUGAAACAAAAAUGUAAAAAGCAAACUCAAAAAAUAUUGAAAUAUUAUUAACACAAUAUAAAAUUUUUAAGUCUCCAUGUCCAAAGCUAAGAUUAUUAUAGCACACAUAUGGAAAGCAAAAAUAAAGUCCUUUCAAAAGUUGAACUGUAAUAAUUUAUCGAGUACAAUCAAAAUGGCGAAAUUUUACAAAAUAGAUGGUAGUCCACCUGCUCGAGCAGUGAUGAUGCUUACAGACAUCCUUAAAGUUCCAUAUGAAGAAAUAAUAAUUAAUCCAUUUCUCAGAGAGCAAGAUACACCAGAGUUGACAAAGAAAAAUCCUAUGAAAACCAUUCCAUUGUGGGAAGAAGACAACUUUAACUUAGCUGACAGUCAUGCCAUAAUGCUGUACCUAUUUGACAAACAUGCAAAACCAGAGCACUCUUAUCUAUAUCCAGAAGAUAGAAGAAAAAGGGCUACAAUUAACCAAAGAUUAUUUUUUGACUGUGGACUUUUAUUUCCAAGAUUAAGAUCAAUUAUGGCCGGUAUUUAUACAGGCAGAUUGACUGCAAUAUCAAAGUCAAUGAUAAUAAAUGUUGAAGAUUCAUACAGGAUACUCGAAGCUUACCUAUCUGAAAAUGUUUAUUUGGCUGAUGAUGUGGCCACACUAGCUGAUAUUAGCGUGAUGACAACAAUGUCAUCACUCCAUGGACUAAUUCCUAUAGACCAUAAUAGAUAUCCAAAAUUAAUGCAAUGGUACAAUACUAUGAAAGAAAAAGAUUACUGCAAGAGGCUGAAUGAGCCUGGCGCAAUACAGCAUGUUAUGGGAUUGAAAACAUUGAUGGAACAUAAUAAAGAGAAUGCUAAAGCGAAACUAUGAACAGAAGUUCAUUCUGUGGCGAUAAAAUGGGUUGUCAGGUUGUAUUUUUAUUGUAAUAACAUAGUAAUUUGGUAUUGGUAUUAUUUAAGAUGUGGUGAUGAGUUAAGUGUUUCUUUGAAGAGAAUUAUAUAUUUUUAACCUAA